UUUUUCAUUUGAUAUAAAAUUUAUUAAUAUCGAUUAUAUUACAUAAAGGCAUGGUAAAUGUUGUAGUUUGAUUAAUCUUUUUAAUUAAUAUUUAAAAUAAAUGAUUAAAUAUGUUAGUUUAAAUUUUUGCCAUUACAGCGCUAAUAGUGAUGACAUUUGUUGUAUCAACUUACAGUUAACAAAAUGUAAGCACGAUAAGGCUAUUAAACAACGUUGCACUACCUGUUUAUUAAAAUUUAUCAGGGAUAUGCAUUUUUUGUGAUCCAGAGUCGUUAUUAAUUAUUCUAACAAUCCAUUAAGUCUAUUAGAUUAUAUAAUUCAUCAAUUUUAAUAAUUUAUGAUAAAGUAACGUGAAUGAUUUAAUACUUUGGUGUUUUCGUUAAUGAUUACAAACUAUGAGUUUAAGUAUUAUUUUGUAUUUUUAUUUUAUUAUUAAGCAUAUAGUAUCAUAUCAUUACUAAUGUAUUUUGUCAACAUUUUGUGAUAUCAUAGUGCAACAAUGAGUAAUUUGUUUUAUGUUAAUUUUAUCUGCUGGUUUAAUUUAUACAUUAUUAAAUACUUGAACUAUGUGAUUUAAUAACUAUACAAUAUUUUUACAACUAACUUAAUCAUCAUCAAAUGAUACCUCCAAAUGGAUACGAAUAUUGGGGUUUUUGAGAAUGCCAUUAUACAGGUAGUAGUUGAAAGUGUAACAUCAGAUAUGUUAGUAGUAUCUUAUACUGCCAAAAAUGGAUCUGUUUACCAAGGCAUACUGCUCAAUAAUGCCAAAAAGCGUUUUCCCUGUGGAAGUGUUCCCUUGACAAAAGCAGAAUUAUCGCCUAGAAAUUAUAAGACUGCAUCUGAUAAUGAUGUUUUGUAUGCUGUUAGUCAACGCUUUACAUAUUUUCAAAAUGCUCCUACUACAUUAAAAAAAAUUCCCAACAAAACUAAAAAAGUAAAAAAGCCAAUGACUGUUCGUCUAAGACCAAGGCAAAUUUUAUGCACUAUGUGUAAAUCAGUUUGUAAUGAAAAUCCUAAUAAUGUUGAAAUUUCUAAAUUCCCAAUAAAAAAUGAAACCAAAAAUUUCCUUCCUGAAACAAAUAAUGAAAAGAGAUUGUUACGUAGUCAAGGACCUGUUCCUGAACUACCUAAUGCAACAUCUAGUUGUGUUUCUGAGGUAAAAUCAAUGUGUCGCAAUUUGAUACCUAAUAUUGUUAAGUUGAAAUCUAAAGAAUUAACUCGUGACAUUAAUAAUUAUUCUAACUAUAUUGAGAGUAAUGAAUGGAUUAAUAAAAAAGACUGUAAAGAUGACUGUGAUAGUAGUGAAAUAGUAUUGAAAAAAAAUCAUAAUGAUUCAAUUAAUGACUUAUGGCAUGAGACUGCUUUUGAUGAAACAAAAAAAACACCUAUCAUUAAAAUAUCAUUUGGAUCUCUUGGGGAAGGUACAGUCAUGGAAAUACCAUCAAGACAGACUGAUGGUGAAAAUGAACAAGAUAAAUCAACACGUAAACGAGGUAAACGAAGGCGGCCAGAUGGAGAAAAAAAGAAAAAACAUAAAAAAAAACAUAAGGAUCAUAACAUUAAAACAAAUCAUUUUUUAUUAAACAGCAAUCAUAUUAAUAAUGAAAAAGAAUUUGAUUUUAGUGAAGGAGCUAAUGGCAAAUGUGAACCAAUUAGUGAAAUUUAUUCUGAAAUUAAUAAUAGUAAUGUUAAUUCAAAUGGUUCACCUAAUCAUUUAAUUAUUCCUAAAGCAGAAUCACCAGAAACAUGUUAUUUUAUGUUAAAAACUGGUAAAAUUUUAUAUAAAAAUGAUAUUGUGUGGGGUAAAGUUAAGGGUUUUCCAUGGUGGCCAGCAAAGGUUUCAAAUUUUUCUACUAGUAAUGGUGAAGAACAAGGCUCAUUUAUUAAUGUCACGUGGUUUGGGUCUUCCACAACAUCAUAUCUUAACUGUGAUCAGAUAAAUCCAUUUUUAGACUUUUAUAAGACACGUUUCAACAAACAUAAAAAGACGGCUAGUUACAAAGAGGCUAUAAAACAAGCAAUGGCUGAAGCAAAACAAAAUGUAAAAAACAAAAAUGAUAGUUGAUAGUUAAUAGUUAAUCUAAAUAAAUUAAUUACAAAAUGUGAAGUAAUUACCAAAUAAUUUUAUUAUAUUUACAAAGUUUUAUUUUUGCCUUGUAUAUUUUUUUAUUAUUUAUUAUUAUAAUUUUUUUUUUUUUGAAAUUUUAAUUAACGUUUAUCAACUAGUCAUGAAAAUAAGAAGUGUAAUCUUGGUCAUGUUGAAAUAAAUGUAGAUAGUGUAUUAGAUUUUGUAUAUUUAUUACAACUUUAUCAUUUUAAGUUAUAAAUUUACAAAAUAUAUUAGUUCCUUAAAAAUAAAUCAUAUUGAUUACUUUAUUGACUCUAAUGAUUAAAUUUUAAUAAAAGUUAAUGUAUAUUUCAUAUUAGUCAGUUAUGCACUUUGUUUUGGUAUAUUUUAUUGUUCU